CAUAAAACCUAAAGAAGAACGGACAGCUCAGUAGCACACAGAGCUCUAAUCGCGAGAGCAGCUCCAUUAUUACCAGCAGCAGAAGCGGCAGUGAUGGGGAAGAAGACUCGCACAGGCACAGGCAGGAGAACCAUAUUACAGCUCUCACCGCCAGCACCGAACCGCAGCGCCACGGGAGCAGCAAGAGAGGACGGAGUCGGCUCUGGAUCCGAAGACGAACCUGAGGGUAACACAGAUGGACAGGGAAUCCCCAGAGAAGUGAACAUAUUAAUGAAGACCCCGGCUAUGAAGGCCACACAGGGCCUGUCUUUACUCGGAGCGUAUGAAGACAGCGAAGAAGAAGAUGCGGCGGAGAACCCCACACCUGCCACUAAGGCAAAACAUAACCAAUCUGGAGACAUUGACAGCACACUUGCCAAUUUUAUGGCGGAAAUUGAUGCAAUAACCACCCAGCCGACCCAGUCAAAUGAAUCAGGGACUGAGUCCAGUGCUCCAGCCCCAACCCCUCCUCGCCCUGAACCCAAAAUGGACCAGCAGGCUCAUGAUCAGAACCACCCCACACAAGAAUUUCAAUACAACACGCAGUACUCCCUUGCAGGAGCUGGGUUGGAAAUGGGUGACUGGCAGGAGGUGUGGGAUGAAAACACCGGCUGUUACUACUAUUGGAAUACUCAGACCAAUGAGGUUGCUUGGGAGCUCCCACAUUAUCUGGCAGACCAAAUGCAGAGUCUUCAUUAUGCAAGCAGUUCAUCUGUAAACGGCAAUGGUGUGGCUCAGCAUAGCAUUGUUUAUACUGAACAGCCGUCUGUUGCAGCUGCCCCCACAUCCAAGAGGGAAACCAAAAAGAAGGAUGUAAUGGAGAGUGUUGUAGCCUUGACCAGCGAGGAGGAGGAGAGGAGAGGUGUUGCAGCUACACUCCUAGCUCCUCUUAUCCCAGAGGAGGUUAAGGAAGCAGAAGAGAAGUGGAGAAAGAAGGUAAUGGCCAUGGAGGAAACAGCGGAAACAGCCCAGGAUCUGGAGGGGGAAGGGACUCCACCUUUGGACUCCCCGGCUCUUCGGGACACGGACAGCCAGACUAACCAGCGCAGCAGGAACCACUCUGCAGAAUCUACUGACAAGGAGGAGGCGGCGGCAGAAGAGGACACCAUGGAACUAGAAUUAGCAUUAGAGAGGAAAAAAGCUGAGCUUCGAGCCUUGGAGGAAGGAGAUGGCAGUGCCGGUGGUUCCAGCCCCUGUUCUGAAGCCAGUCAGGAGGGGCCUCGCAACUUACUUUUGAAGAACAGCAAAUGGAAGACAUCUUUUCUCCGCGCACCAAGCCCUGACUCGAGCAGUCGGGGCUCAGACAAGGCAGGAUGGGGCACUCCUGAGUGCUCAGACAAUGUGCAUUCCAAAAUGGUGGACAAGCAAGGGGAAGAAGAUGAAAAGGAGAAAAUUGUGUCCAAAGCUCUUCAAAAGGAAGAGGAGGACCUCAAGUUUCAGAUCGGAGAACUUGCCAACACACUAACCAGCAAAAUGGAGUUCUUGGGAAUCGACAAAAAAGCUAUCUCAAACUUUCAACUGCUAUUGCUGCAAACGGAGACACGGAUCGCAGACUGGCGAGAGGGCGCUCUUAAUGGAAGCUAUCUCCGCCGCAGGCUGCAGGAAGCCGCCGAGCACAUAAAACAUUACGAACUUAACGCCACUCCCAAAGGCUGGUCCUGCCACUGGGACAGAGAGCACAGGCGGUACUUCUAUGUGAACGAGCGGACCAAUGCCUCCCAGUGGGAUUUUCCAGUCGUGGAGGAGGAAGAGGAAGCCAAGCCACCCCUGCUGCCCACAGCUGGCAUUGGAGACACCAGCCAUCCAUCCGCAGAUGCUGCUGGUGGUAUAACAGGAACUUCCAUGGGAGACAUGCAAUCAUUUUGGUCGGUUCCCUUGCCUCCGCAACCACCCCUGCCUCCACUUCCUCCAGAGGACCCGCCGCCUCCACCUAUGGAGCAACCCCCACCACCUCCUCCACCCCCUGAAUCCCCUCCUCCACCCCCUCCACCACCACUCAGUGAUGACGGAGAGAUCGAGGAAGUGGAGAUGGAGGAUGAGGAGUCCGAGCCUCCAGCUCCUGGAACAGAAGAGUUCAAGGCAGCUGAGGCAGCAGCUUCUUUGGGAGUUGUGGCUAAAUGUCAGAAACGCAAGGCACCAGGAUCAGGGCCGCUCACCAAAGCAGUCACCAUCGGCAGCAGCCCCAUUCUAUAUACUCAGUCCACUGCCACAGCUGCCCCAGUUCUGGUUGGAAACACUUACUGGGGAAUGACUGCUGCAGUAGUACCUCCUUUGCCUGUAGAGAGCAUAACUCCACCAAUGCCGGCCUUACCUGCCCAACCACCACCUCCUGCUUCUCUUCCUCCCAGCACCCUGGAACCAAGCAAAAUCCUUAUGGAUAAAACAAAAAAACUGAAGAAAGAGAAGACCAAGAAGAGCAAAACGAAAAUGCCAUCCCUAGUGAAGAAGUGGCAGAGCAUCCAGAAAGAGCUAGAUGAAGAAGAGAAGUCGAGCUCCAGCGAUGAAGAUCGAGAACAACUGAACAACAGACGCAUAGAAGAAUGGAAACACCAGCAACUUGCUUCAGGGAAAGCAGGAAAGAACGCUAACUUCGAAGUAUUGCCUGAUGACUGGAGGGAAAGACUUCUAAAGAAAAGGAAGACGAUGCAGAGUUCAUAACACCAGAUUUGGAAACUUUGAAUAAGAGCCUUCAUAAGGGGUGGACUGAACUGUGUCUUGGUGUCCAAGUUACUAAGCUUCAGUAUGGACUUAUGUGGACAAAUUUGAAUGAAUGUUUCUUUUUAUACAUGUGCACAUUGGCUGUCGCUGUUUUUCUUGGGUAAAUGGUGUCUGUUAAAUUCAAAUGCAUCAUCUCAUGAGUAAAUGUAUAUUAAGGUUAUGGGUUGAUGUAAAAUGACAAUGUUAACGGCCUUUAAUGUGCAGAUUUGUUAUAAAGAUGCAGUGAUCUUGAAACCAGGCCCAACAUGUACAGUUAAUGAAGACAUUUAGAAAGUUUUUUUUUCUAUACUUAAAUGUUUUUGUUUUUACUCCCAACCAUGAAACUUGUGGCACAAUUUAUUAAUGAAAUGAAACAAAUAUCAAAAUUAAAGGACUGUCCCAUUUCUCAAAUAUCUCAGACUUGUCUUAAAAGCUGUUUCCAGGUUUACCUUUUGUAAAAUUGUAACAUUUGGAAAAAUCCAUCUAAAUGUAAAAUAGAUUUUUGCUGUUUCAAGCUUAAAUCAAGUUCCACCAUCCAUUUAUAUUUUAUAGCUAUAGAAAGUUUUAUAUUAACAACACUUGUUGUAAACUCAUUUAACAGUUUCACUAAUGCUUUCAAAGUAUUUUAUUGUUGGCAACUCCAUUGCACUUUAAAUUAUGCUUCAUAUGUGGACUGUGUAUCGUUUUAUUUUCACUGAUAUUGUGAUAAAAGGUCACCUUUACAAAUGUGUCAACCGCUUUCUUUUUUCUCUUUAAUAUUAAAGGACGUUGGUCUGUAUGUUUUACAGCAUA